AUGGCAGUUGUUUUGCCUAAUUUUCAAUUACCUUCUCACUUGACUGUUGCUAGACAAUAUCAUAAGGGUGAAACAAUUGCUGAGUGGAUUGAGGCGUGCUUAUUUGAUUGGAAAAUUGAUAACAUAUUCACGGUGACCUUAGAUAAUGCAACUGCUAAUGAUUCUGCAAUUAAACACUUGAAGAGAAGAAUUGAGGAUUGGAAAGGAGGCAUCUUAGGAAAUGAGUUCUUACAUGUUAGAUGUAAUGCUCAUAUUCUAAAUUUGAUCGUGAAAGAAGGACUCAGUGAACAAAAUGAGUCUAUUUCUCGGGUAAGAAAUGCUAUCAAAUAUGUUAAGUCCUCAGCUGGAAGGUUUGAUUCCUUUAAGUCAUUUGUCGAGAAGGUUAAGAUUGACACUCAUGGUCUUUUGACUUUAGAUAUUGAGAUUAGGUGGAACUCCACAUAUAUGAUGCUAGAUACAACUGUAAAAUUUGAAAUGGCAUUUUCAAGAAUGUAUGAUGAUGAUCACAAGUACCUCAAGUAUUGUUUAGAAAUAAAUAAUGUGGGAGGGCAUCCAUCGAUAAAUGAUUGGAAGAAUGUUAAAGUUUUCAUUAAGUUUCUUGAGAUUUUCUACCAGGUAACUUUGAAAUUCUCAGAAACUUCAUAUGUUAUUUCCAAUUCUUUCUUGCAUGAGAUCUUUAAUCUUCAAAAGAUAAUUUGUAAAUAUGUUCGUAGUGAAGAUUCUAUUUUGAGUGGCAUGGCUAAAAAGAUGGAGCUUAAAUUUAACAAAUACUGGGAUACUUUUGAAAGUAUGAACAAGUUAUUAUUCAUUGCUGUUGUUUUGAAUCCUCGAUACAAGUUAAAAUAUGUGGAAUAUCUAUUUAAAAACUCUUAUGGUUGUUUGGUGGGAGCCGAAAAAUCAAAAAAGGUGAUGGAUACUUUGAGUCGCUUGUAUAAUUACUACAUGAGUUCUUUUUGUGAGACUCAUAUCGAUAAAAUUGAUGGUCAAACAAGCUUGAAUGAUGAAAUUAAUACCAUGCAUAGUGACGAGAUGUGGCAAUCACAAUGGGAGAAAUAUUUGGCAGAUGAAGACUAUACUGAAAAUAAAUCAGAACUUGAGAAGUACUUGGUAGAUGAUUUGGAAAAGACCAAAGAGUUAGAUAUUUUGGCUUGGUGGAAACUUUUAGCACCAGUGGUCGGAUUCUUGACUCUUAUCGAAGUUCUUUAUCUUCAAAGACAGUAG